GAGAGUGGCGGUCUAUCCCCGAGUUGAGAAUGGGCUGCAGGCUGCCCUGGACCUGCUUCCUAUGGCCCGUGGCUGUUUAUGCGAGAGGGGAUUAACGUUGAACGACUCAACGUGUCUGGGCCAGGAGGCCUCGGCCUCGAUUUUUUGGCGUAGCCGCUUCCAAGAAGGGGAUGAGGGGAAAACAAGGGACAGGCAAGAUGCUGCUUAGGUGUUGCAGAUGAUCAAAUAACUGACAUGAAACCUCCAUGUACAGGCUGCUUUCAUAUUUUACGCAACUCUUGCGUCGACUAGAGAAGACUCUUCCUGUACAAAGUCAGCUAGAUACUUUGGCAGCUGAAAGCCAAAGCAUUUCCUCCUCGUUUUCUAUUACAUAUUUUCAACUUGUUCAUCCCUCCUCGGCACGUUUGGUUGUUAACAGUAACUGGCUGCCAACAGAGCAAGGUGUGAGGCAUUGUGCGUUCAGCCCAAUCUUGGUGACAUUCUCUUGGGCUCCUAGUUGCACAUUUUUAAUACCAAAAGCCAAAAUGCCGGAGCAGCGAUAUUGUGUGGACUAUGCAAAGCGUGGCACAGCUGGCUGUAGGAAGUGCAGGGAGAAACUCCCUAAGGGAUCAGUGCGGAUUGGAAGGAUUGUGCCAAACCCGUUUUCUGAGGGAGCCGAGAUGAAGGAAUGGUAUCACAUUAAAUGCAUGUUUGAGAAGCUGGAAAGAGCCCGACUAAGCACCAAGAAAAUUGAUGACUUAACUGAUCUGGAAGGUUAUGAAGAACUUCAAGAUCCUGAGAGAGAUUUGAUCAACCAACACAUUAAAGAGCUUGCAGUCAAGAAUGGCUUGUUAUCUUCCAAAGUCAAGCCCACCCAAAGUAACCCAACUGCAGCCACUCCUUCACCUCGUAAAUUCUCUGGCUUCUCUGCUAAAGCAGAAUCCCUUGGUGAAGAACCCUCUACCUCCAAAAGUGCACUAUCAGUUGGAACAUGUGACCCCAACCACAAGGAUUGUUCCUUGCGGGAAUUCCGUAAACUGUGUGCAAGUAUUGCAGAUAAACCCAGCUAUAAUAUUAAAACGCAGAUCAUACAAGACUUUCUGAAGAAGGGCACUGGUGGAGAUGGUAAAUUCCAUGGAGAUGUAUAUCUGACUGUCAAGCUACUUUUACCAGGUGUGGUGAAAACAGUUUAUAACCUGAAUGACAAACAGAUUGUCAAACUGUUCAGCAGAAUAUUUAACUGCAACCUUGAUGACAUGGUUCGAGACUUAGAACAGGGUGAUGUGUCUGAGACCGUGCGCAUCUUUUUUGAACAGAGUAAAAGCUUCCCCCCUGCACAUAAGAGUGUCAUGACAAUUCAAGAUGUUGACGCAGCUCUCACCCAGCUUUCUAAAAUGACCAGGGAAGAAGAUCAACUGAAGGAGCUGCAGGAUAUUGCUUCGAAAUGCACGGCUAAUGACUUGAAAUGCAUUAUCAGGCUGAUUAAACAUGACCUACGGAUGAAUUCUGGUGCAAAGCAUGUGUUGGAUGCUCUAGAUCCUAAUGCUUAUGAUGCAUUCAAAGCUUCCCGUAAUUUGCAAGACGUGGUUGACCGUGUUCUGCAGAAUCAACAAGAGUCUGAGCGGAUACCAGGAAUGAAGAAAACACUUUGCGUUAAGGCCACUCUUUUAACCCCAAUACAGCCAAUGCUGGCUGAAGCCUGUAAAUCAAUUGAAUAUGCUAUGAAGAAAUGUCCAAAUGGAAUGUAUGCCGAGAUCAAAUAUGAUGGGGAGAGAGUCCAAGUACACAAGAAUGGAGACACCUUCCAGUAUUACAGUAGAAGCCUGAAACCAGUGUUACCACAUAAAGUUGCCCAUUUUAAGGAUUAUAUUCCCAAAGCUUUUGCUGGUGGUGAUAGUAUGAUUUUGGAUUCUGAAGUUCUGCUGAUUGACACAGUUACUGGAAAGCCACUUCCUUUUGGAACACUGGGUAUCCAUAAGAAACUUGCCUUCAAGGAUGCUAACGUAUGUCUUUUUGUCUUUGACUGCAUUUAUUUUAAUGGAGUCAGUCUCAUGAACAGACCGAUUAGUGAGCGAAAGCAAUUCCUUCGUGAUAACAUGGUUGAAAUCCCAAACAGAAUCAUGUUUUCAGAAAUGAAGCACGUAACAAGGGCCUCAGAUCUGGGAGAAAUGAUCAAUCGAGUUAUCAAAGAGGGACUCGAAGGAUUGGUACUGAAAGAUGUUAAGAGUCUCUACGAACCAGGCAAACGUCAUUGGUUAAAAGUAAAAAAAGACUAUCUCAAUGAAGGUGCAAUGGCUGAUUCGGCAGACCUUGUUGUGCUGGGAGCUUUCUAUGGGCAAGGGAAUAAAGGUGGGAUGAUGUCUAUCUUCUUGAUGGGCUGUUAUGAUCCCAAUACAUCACGAUGGUGUACUGUGACCAAAUGUGGAGGUGGCCAUGAUGAUGCAACCCUGGCACGAUUACAGAAUGAACUUGACAUGGUGAAAAUAAGCAAGGAUCCAAGUAAGGUGCCAAGUUGGCUAAACGUCAGCAAGAAUUACAUACCUGACUUUAUUGUUCGAGAUCCAAAGAAAGCACCAGUUUGGGAAAUCACUGGAGCAGAAUUCUCUAAAUCAGAAGCUCACUCUGCAGAUGGGAUAUCGAUCCGGUUCCCAAGGUGCACCCAAAUCCGUGAUGAUAAAGACUGGAAAACUGCAACCAACCUUUUUCAACUGAAGGACUUGUACAAAGCUUCUAAAAUGACUGAAGGUACUGAUGUUGUGGUAGUUUCUGAGAAGGAUGAUGAUGAAUGGCCUUCAGGUGGUUCUGGAACUUCUGAUGCGACAUCGAAACAGACCCCAAGUAGUUCAGUCCCUCCCUCCAAAUCACCUGGGAAGAAAACUAAGAGUGAUGGAGGUAACAGAACCUCCCAUAAAUCGCCACCUGAGAGCUCAGCAGGAAAGGCAAUGAAGAGAAAGUUACCAGUAGCAGAGCAGAAUGGAAAGAAGAUCAAAUCGUCCAUAACUGAAAAGAGUAAUGGCUCUUUGCUUUCAAGUCCAUCUACAUCAUCUCCGAACCAGACUUUACUGGACAUAUUUACAGGGGUAAAACUUUAUUUGCCUGCAUCAGUGCAAGACUUCAACAGAAUCUGCCGGUACUUCAUUGCAUAUGAUGGUGACCUGGUUAAAGAGUACGACAUAGCUACAGCAACACACCUGAUUGGCGAAGUGAAGGAAAAUACAUGUGCCAAACGUGUCUCAGUGAAUUGGAUUUGGGAGUGUAUCAAGAAAAGGCGGCUGGUUCCACCAUUCUGAAAAGUAGCAUUCAAAACAACUCAAAAGGAUAAAGCUCUCAAAUUUGAGAUCACCUACUUCUCUGAGAGAUUUUAGAUUUAUAAUCUGCAUCAAGGAAAUGAAUGAUGUUGGACAUUGGAAUUCUGAGCGUAUGUCAGGUAUACAACUUGAGACUUGCAAGACAGCCUAUGCAAAGAGGUCCUGCAAGUGCAUUUCUAUCAUGUGCUUCUGUUUUUUUUGAUAUCCCUAUCAAUUCCCGCACUGUGGUGCUACACCUGACUCUCUUCAAGGCUAUGAAAGUGUGCAUACCCGUCCUCAGACCUAAUGGGAACCUAACUUGCAGAACAGUUGUGGACAGCCAGUUUCUUGAGUGGUGAUUGGCAUUUAACCUGGAGUUGUAUUGACUUCCUACAAGUAAUAAAAUUAAUGUUUUUGUUCA